GUACUUCCAGACUUUCAAAAUCCAGGCCCUGGAUUCACCUGGCUUGUCCUGGCCCACAACUGGAGCACAUGCCCACCUCCUUCCACCUCCCAGACACAUCCCUCGCCAGCUCCGGAGGAGCCCGUGCCCCUCAGCAGUGCCCACCCGCCCUCCAUCCCCCGGGCCCCGGCAGGAUGUGGCAGCCCGCCAGCGAGAGACUGCAGCACUUUCAAACCAUGCUGAAGACAAAAUUGAACGUCCUGACGCUGCGGAAAGAGCCUCUGCCCUCAGUCUUCUUCCAGGAGCCAGAAGCCAUCGAGCUACGUACCCCUACACCAGUACCGAAGGCUCGGGCACGCAGUGGAUGCAAGGUCACAUAUCUGGGGAAAGUCCCCUCCGCGGGGCUGCAGUUUUUGCCCGGCUGCACGGAGAAGCCGGUCGUCGAACUCUGGAAGCAGCGUGCACCGGCUGGAGAUGACCCCGGCCGGGCCAACGCCAUCCUGGAAAUCCGGCCCUUCCAAGUCUGGCUGCACCACCUGGACCUCAGAGGGGAGGCUGCCGUCCACACAGACACCUUCCAGGUAGCCCGGAUCGCCUACUGCACAGCCGACCACAAGGUCAGCCCGAACCUCUUCGCCUGGGUGUAUCGGGAGAUGGAUGACAACCUGUCCUAUCAGAUGGAUUGCCAUGCCGUGGAGUGUGAGAGCAAGCUGGAGGCCAAGAAGCUGGCUCACGCCAUGAUGGAGGCCUUCAAGAAGACGUUCCAUGGCAUGAAGAGCGAUGGCCGGAUCCACAGGGAUGGCUCCCCCGAAGAAGCUCCCCGGGAACUGGAGCCCGGAGAUGGCUGAGCGUCCGGGCCCUCGGCUCGGUCGAGGCGGAAACGGCCCGGACUGGGAGCUGAUGGACAGAGGAGCUAUUCAGGCUGGGU